UUAGGUUAUUUGGUCGCACUAAAAUCGGGUAAAAAGGAAAACAAUAUUUGGCAAUUACACCGAUUUGCGCCAUCACAAGGAGAGGGAAGAGAAAACUGCGUUUGUCUUCCUUGUCCUAAGCAGGAAGUGCAAUAUAUCGUUAAUGUGUAUCGAUCCAAAUCAAAAAAUGUAAGCAUCGAUAUGUGGAUAUUAGUAUCGAUACCUUAACAGCUUUGAACUAAUCGGAGUAAAGGAGACUCAUAUAAAUGGCUUUAGCUUCAGAAAAUAAUUUCGAAUUUAAAUAAUGCGAAAUGGUAGCAAAUGUAAAUAUAUUUAUACAUAUUUAGCAAGUCUAUUCAAACGUCCAACGAGAACUUGAAUAACGUAUAAAACACUUACAUUUUAAAUUUAUUUAGGAAAUAGAUUAGGUGUUAGCAGUAAAAUGUUACCUAUCUCUAUUAAGUCCCCCAAGAAGGACGACAAAGUAGUCAAAGCACGCAAGGAGAUCAAGCCACCACCGAUUUUUAUCGCGGACGUAACAAAUAUGAAGGCCAUCUCUAGCGCCCUAGACAACAAGGUUGAGGUCAUCUAUAAGGCCGAGCAGAACAACUCCAUUCGUGUCAUGACCCCGAAGCGAAAAUCAAAAGAGGUUCCACAAUUUCCAACCCACAGACGAACGCGGCUACCGGUUGGUCAAGGGCCUCCAUUACUCGACUGAUCUGGAAGAUAUUAAAGAGGGACUCAACCGCCUCGGGCACAAAGUCAAGACGUACUUAACUCCACACAAAGGAGUACCAAGAAACCCCUAAUCAUUUUUUUUUGUUAAACUGAGCGGGCCAAAAACAUAAGGAGGCGUUCCAAAUAAAGUCGUUAUGCAGCUCAGUAGUGGCGGUCGAGUGGUCAAUUAAAUUUAACAAUGUCCAGCUCCAACGCCAACCCAAUCCCGCCAGGCAAUCCACUGGACGCGGCUAUGUCCAGAAUGGAGGCCAUGUUCGAGAGAAAUGACCCAAUAAUCGCCUCUGUCUGCAAGUCCUUAUGCAAACGGGACUAGACGUCACAAUUUUGAACGCCAUCUGCCUGGUGAAAAGCAGGCCAGCAGUAAAGCUCUACUGUAAAACUGAAAAAUUCGAUAUUCUCCUCAUAUCGGAGACCCAUUUUACAAACAGAUUCUACCUAACCCUCAGAGGAUACGACCUAGUUGCUGUCAACCACCCAUACGGAAGAGGUCGCGGGGGUGAGCCAUCAGUCGAAGAUCCCAGAUGACCUGGUCUUCACCAUCACAGGAGGACUGGACUCGGCCGGAAUCCAGGUACGAGAAGUCACCGACCUUAUUUUCGACCACAGCGCUCUUGACGUUUCCCUAUACACGCCAGCCAUCCAAAGGUCGGCCCGGAAGAAGCUUAUUUAUAAGACGACGGACAUCGGGAAAUUCCAGUCCUGGAUGUGCUCUGCCGAGGAUCUUAACAUAACUCUGGUCGAGGAACUGAUCGCAAAAAUCCAAUCUGCGGCAGCCGAGGCAGCUCCAAGGCUUUCCAACCGCCCGAGAGCCACUGACAGCGAUAUCCAUUUUUGGAAUCCAGACGUCACGGCUCUCAAGCUGAAAAAGCGGCCACUCAGGCGGGUCUGGAUGCUGUCCAGAAACCCGAGGAAUAUGACCAACCUGAAUAGAGUCUCCAAGUGGCUCUCUGAACUCUUGGCGGACUUGAGGAAGGAAGCGUUCGACGGGUUCGAUGAACAGUUGGAACCGGGUGACCCAAAAAACAAUCUGUGGCGCAUCACGAAAAGCAUACGACGUCCUCUUAGGAGGAUCCCACCCGUUCAGCGAGCCGACGGCGGUUGGUACAGGUCCGAGACGGACAGAGCCAACGCGUUCUCCGAACACCUGCAAAGCGUAUUCACCCUUUUCUACCGCUGCUCGCCAGAAGAGGAGGCAGGAACGGAACGUCUCUUGGCCGAGCCUGCACGAGGGCUCUCGACAGAAUACCACCUGUGACGGAAGAGGAGACAUCCGCCCCGAUUUCCGUGUUGAGUAACAACAAGGCCCCGGGCGAUGAUGGAUGGAAUGCAACCGCAUUUAAACUGCUGCCACCUCCAAGCAUCAAGAUACUGACGAACAUUUACAUUAGAUGCUUGGAUAUUUGGUACUAUUCGACCAACUGGAAACAUGCUCAGGUAACUAUAGCCCGGAAAACCCGAAGCCGAUUUUGCCUCUUAUCGUCCGAUUAGUCUUCUAUCGAUACUCUCCAAAAUACUCGAAAGAGUGUUUUUGAGUAGAGCAUUGCCAGUACUGGACAAGGCUGGUCUGAUCCCCAAUCACCAGUUUGGCUUCAGGCUGUCCCACGGAACCCCGGAACAAUGCACAGUGUGGUGUAGUAUAUCCUGGACGCCUUCAAAACCCAGAAGUACUGACUGGCUGUAAUGCUGGACGUCAAACAAGCCUUCGGGUCUGGCAUUCCGGUCUCCUGCUUAAAUUGAAGACUUACCUGCCCAGACCUUACUAUUUCUUCCUGGAGUUAUUCCUGAAGGACCGAAAAUUUGCAGUCAGAUGCGGAGAGGCCACUUCCGGACUCAGGGAAGUCCGCGCCGGAUUCCCCCAAGGCAGCGUGCUGGCCCCUUUAUCAUACAAUGUCUACACGGCCGAUCUCCCAGUCUUGCGGAGCCCCAAAAUAAUGGCAACGACCUAUUCGGACGAUACCGUCUUCCUGGCAGCUACUGACAACGCUACAGAUGCUGUCAUGCAGGAGCAACUAGAGAAGGUGGAAUAUUCAAGUGAAUAAUGAUAAAUCCACCGCCACCACAUUUUCUCUCCGUUUAGGAAAUUUCCCACCGGUCCCCCUCAACAGCUCCCCCAACCCACAGGUAGAAAACCCAAGAUACUUGGGCUUCACGCUAGACAGGAAAGCUUACUUGGAAGCCUCACCUAGUCAAAAAGCGAAAGCAGUAAGAUUUAUGGCGUACUGAUUGGCUGAUGGGUAGGAGGUCACAGCUGAGGACCUCUUCGAAAAUCCUAAUCUACAAGGCGAUUAUUCGGCAAAUUUGGACAUAUGGGAUCCAACUUUGGGGCACGGCCAGCAAGACUAAUAUUCGGACUAUCCAGACAUUUAAAAAUAGAGCCCUCCGUAUGGCCACUGGGGCCCACGUCUACCACAACAACCAGACAAUCCACGAGGUGAUUGGCUUCCCAAGGGUGAAGGAGGAGAUACAGAGAAGAAGCAGCAAGUACAUCCAGAGACUACACAACCACCCCAACGACCACACUCCUCGACAACAGCGGACAGAUGCGAAGGCUGCGCAGAACUUACCCGCUGGACCUCACCCGGAAUAACUCUUAGACAUUCUUAUUCUUGUUCUUCUUUUUUCACCUUUAAGUUACACAUAAGCAAAGUUUUGUCAUAAUAUUUAAUGGUUGUCCCUGUUGAACAGUUUUAAAUAAAUGAAAAAUAAAUAAAUUUACCCCUGUCAUAAUAAAAAAAAAAUAGAUGUCCUAUUAUCAGGCCUUACGGAUACGUACAUAAAAAUGCUACAGAGUUACAGGGACCGAUUUUUGUAUUCUGUUAUUAAUUUUUUUAUUCUGUGUUAUGCG